AUUAAAAAAAUUAUUCAAAGCAAUAUAGGAGCUAGUGAGCUAGGGUUAGGCUUUGACUCCUACCUUUGUACAUUAAUACAAAAAAAAGUCACAACUCUUUAUCGUGUGAUACUUAUUGAAGAAAAUUAAUCGAGAGAUGGUGAGAACACCUAGCUACGAUGAAAAUGGAAGGAAGAAGGGGACUUGGACUCCUGAAGAAGACAAGAAGUUAGAAGCAUAUAUUACUAAAUAUGGCUGUUGGAACUGGCGCCAACUUCCCAAGUAUGCCGGACUAGCAAGGUGUGGAAAGAGCUGUAGACUUCGAUGGAUGAAUCACUUGAGGCCAAAUGUUAAAAGAGGAAACUACACCAAAGAAGAAGAUGAACUCAUCUUGAACCUCCAUGCUCAACUUGGAAAUAGAUGGUCGGCAAUUGCUAUUCACUUGCCAGGAAGAUCAGACAACGAAAUAAAGAAUCAUUGGCAUACAUCACUGAAGAAGCGCGCUAAUUAUAACUCAAGUGAAGGAAGCAAGAAAUGCAGUAAUAAGAAUAGUGGACGUAAUAUCAAAAGAAAGAGUAGUGUGGAAAAUCAAAAUUCAAUUAGUGCUAAUAACAAUAGUAAUAUGCAUGAAAAUAUAGUAUUGGAAAGUUCAGAUUGGUCACCAAAGGAGUCAUCAAGUGAAGAACUUUCAUCUUAUCAACAUGAGCAACAUGAAGUUUUUCAACUAAAAUUAGCUUUGGAAGAAAUUUCUAAUGGAAAUUUUUGGACAGAACCAUUUGAAGUAGAUAGUUUCAUCAAUAGUAAAAUUGAUUUUGUAGCUCCUUCAAUUGAUUAUUAUGGACUUAUGUGUCCACCUUCACCUUAUAUAGGUCAUGAAUUUAUUUUCUCCUUUGACUUUGAUCAUUAUAAUUAUUGGUAAGUGCAUGUGUAACAUUUGGUAAUGUUGCAUAUUUAUAAUCAACCUUAGAAAAUGUAUUGACGUUUUGUUUCUUCUUGUCU